ACGACUCCUUGAAACGCCCAAACAGUCACUCGGACACGAAUUACACGAGGCUAUACAUGGUCGUCUGCAAACCCGUUCUCGCGCUCUUGUCACCGUAAACCACCUCCAAAUCGCAACAGAACAUAAGUUUGCAGCGCAGAACUUGGCAUCAUAGUGUGGCGCACCCUGCCAGACAUCGACGCAGCAAUGGAAACAUAUCACGGCGUGAUCCGGUCCCCCGCGGACGCAAUCCGGCUGUUCGAGGCCUGCCGACUUGGACAUCUCCCUCGAGUCCAGCGACGAUUAUCGGAAAAAGAGCGCCAGGGUAUUCGAUCUGGCUCUGUGUUCGUCUGGGAUGAGCGGGAAGCUGGGAUGCGCCGCUGGACGGAUGGCAAGUCGUGGAGUGCCAGCCGCGUGUCAGGUAGCUUCCUGACCUACCGCGAGAUGGAGGGAAAGCGAGGCGGCGGCUUCAGCACUGCAAAGAGGAGUUCCAAAUCCGAGAACGGUCGCGACAGUGACGAGAACCAUGAUGACGGCGAGCCCGAAGGGUACCGGUACAAAGCCGACGGCCUCAUGAAGCAGUCGUUCAGCAUCACCACCUCGACCGGCCAGCACCUGCACCUCAUUGCGUACUACUCGCGGCCUGUUUCGGGACAGCCAGAGCUCAAGCAGCCCACCACCGACCCCAAUCUGCGCAACUUCACUCCCGUCAAGGGCAUGUACCCCGAGACGAGCAUCGGCGACUCGCACCUCACCCCUGCAUUGACCCGUGUGCCAAUGCACCACACACCCGCCUACGCUGCGCAGCAGCAUUACCCUCCUCAGCCAUACCCUCCCCAGUAUGGCCAGCCCGCCUAUGGCUGGCCGCACGGCGCCCACCAGUACAGCCACAUGUACCAGCCCGGAGUGCCCAUGCCCCCUCACAUCGUCUCGCACGCCCAGUCACCUCAUCCUACCUUCCCUGCUCCUCACUAUGAGCACGGAACUCUGCUGCCUCCUCCCCAGCGGAGGACUUAUCCGUCCCCUCCUCGCCAGCACGACUCGCCUUUGCAGAACGUGUCCUCUGGCGACUCCCGACUCAACACGCUAGGUCAUGGCCCUCUACCAGCCCUCAACGCCGUGACAGCUGGCGCCCCCGGGACAUCUAUCGCGGCUGAGGCGCCUCCGAGCCGUGGGAACAGCAUCAGCCCCCCUCAGAGCUCGCACUCUGACGCCGCGCCCCGGACCAAGCUGCCCCAGCUGCUCAAUUCCCAGACUCUGCCUGCGCCCAGCGAGCCGCAUGUCAGGGGAGAGGACUCACGGGCGCUGCAGAUGUUGAAUCGUUCGGCUUUCAGGCAAAUGAUUUCCUAAGAGGGUGCCGGAUGCGAGGUCUGAUUGAUUUAUGAGCGCGGCGUUGGGCGGGAAACCAAACCUCGGACGAGGUCGCAUUGCAUGGUCCACUUAUUAGAUUUGGUAGCGAAUUUGGAACUUUAAAGAUAAAUUUUGCUCCAAACUACAAUGAAAGAACCGUAGUUCGCGAGUAAUAUGGUGACGCCCUUGGCGUGAAAGACGUUGAACAGAGCAGACGUACUUCAUCCGCAACCGG